AAUUGUUCUGUAAAUGUAUGACAAUUAAGACUUAUUCACGAUGGCUUCGACAAAAUUGAGUAAAGAAAUUUGGUUAUGUUGAAAAUAAGAGUUCGGGCGCUUAUUGGUGCAAUGAUAUUUUUGGGCUAUUUCUUAGUCUACAUAGUGCGAUAUAAUCUAAGUGUGCAUAUAGUAGAUAUGGUGCAAGUUCCAAAACAGAUUUUGAACACUAUCUAUGUCGAUCGAAAGUCCCUCAGGAACGCUUUAAGCGAGAGAACUGGGAAUGUCUUAGAUAUAAUGUAUUGGAAUGAAAUGAAAAUAGCGUUAUUAUUGGCUGCGUAUCACAUAGGAUACUGCAUAUGUUUUCCCAUAUUUCAUAAUAUUGGAGAUGUAUUUGGUCCAACAUGGGUCGUCGGUGCAGCUGGCUUUAUGUCAGGUGUCCUGAAUUGUCUCACCUCUGCAUCAGCGUAUUACAACUUUUGGAUGAUAUUCAUGAUUCGCUUGUUAAUUGGAUUUUGCGCCGGCGCGAUGCUUCCAAGCAUGAUUCAGGUGCUAAGACAUUGGGUACCCCCCACUGAAAGACAUCACUUCAUGUGGGCUUAUUGCGGUAUAACAACCGGGACUUGCUGUACUUUCUUAUUAUGUUCUAUGGUUGAAUAUUACUUUGGAUGGUCUAUAGGAUUCUAUAUAUCCGGAUCGAUGCAAAUAAUUUGGGCUGGUUUUUGGCUCAUGCUCGUAGCAGACAGUCCAGCUAAGCAUUCUUUCAUAUCAAAGGAGGAACUAUCUUUUUUAACUACCGCUAUUGGAACGGUUUUCAAUAUAAAACUAACAAACACUCAAGCCCCUUGGAAGCUUAUUCUGAAGUCUCCUCCAUUUUGGGCAUUGUGUAUUCUAAAUUUUGGAUACGCUUGGAUGAUAAUUUCUAUCUGUAUUCACGGACCGCUUUAUUAUACAAUUAUUCUCAACUACAGCAUUUAUGAAGCAGCGGCUUUAUCAGCAUUGCCGUUUUUCUUAAGACUGGUGUUGGGUACGAUUAUAAUACAAACUUAUCACUGGUACAAGAAUAACAAUAAAAUAAAAAGAGUUAAACAUCUACGAAAAUAUUUUAUUGUUGUCUCUCACGUUAUACCUGGGACUUUGGUAUCGACGUCCUGGCUAUUGCCUAUCAACCCUGGCCCAGUUCUCUUGACCGCAGCCACUGCUCUCACCGCAGCCGGUAUGGACUUCACGUUAGACAUUUGUUACGAGCUAUCACCAAACUACGUAAAUUCCAUUAAUACGGUAAUAAAGAUCAUAGGCAAUUUGCCAGGAGUCAUCGUUUCUUUGUGCGUGGGGGAAGUAACAUAUAAAUUUAAGAAUUCCGCUGUUGUGUGGCGUUUUAUAUGGAGUUUUCAUGGUACGAUCUUACUGUUCAGUGGUCUAAUAUUUCUUAUUUGGGGCGAUACACACGUUCAACCUUGGAAUGACAUUAAAAGAAGGGUGAGACCGCGAAAAUUUGUAGUUGUGCGACCAUCCAUCAUGUCUCAUAUAACAGAAGUGGACGAAGAUGAAAUCUCAGCUCAACUGCCGACGUCUCAACGCACAAAACGUUUUAUGAAUUGGAAAUUAUCUAAAAAUUGAAAUAAUAAUUACAAAUCUGGAAUAUAUGUUAUUACUCUUAUACUCGUUUACAUAUUCAUGCCAUUUGAAAGACGUAAGCAGACUUAGACAGUGUCCCAAUGUGAUCAAAAUCUUUCUGAGAUAUCGAAUAUACAAAGGGCUUUUGGCGCGAAAGACUUUCAUACAAUCUUAUUUCACCUCGAAGAAAUUCGUGUGCGAUCAGUACACAUGGAGCAGAAGCCCUCGCUAGUUUUAAAACCACUGUAAUUUUUGUAUUUAUAUUAUUUCCAAGCAUUUUUAAAUAUUUUGAAUAAAAUUUAUCGAAUAAAACUUUA